CUGGCAGUGUAGUUCCGCCAGUUUCAGCCCUGCCAGCUCGUCCGCCCACUGCAUGAAGUGCCCCUCCUCUACACGAGUGGUCGUUCUUGACCUGUAGAGGGUUGCUCAUCCAAGGCUAUGCGGGAUUGUUAGCGGGGCGUGGUACAAUAUCCAGCCUAUUUAAUUAGGGAGGGAUCUUUUCCAGCAUGAGAGAGCAGUCCCGCUACGGAGAUUUUAUCUUUCCUCUAACCAGCGGCCGCGGGGUUGAGGAACUGACAAGGCUGAGGGUAAAUUAAUUCAAUUUCAGGUCGGUACAAACACUCUCUGGCGAAUGUCGCCCCUGAGGGCUCAUCUGGUUCGCUAUGCGGUUAAUCAACGUCCGCACCAUGCAACUGGAGGAGUUCCACAGCGGGCAGACGCCCCCAUAUGCGAUCCUGUCGCACAGGUGGGAAUCGGAAGAAGUCUCCUAUCAGGACAUGGGAGCACCGAAAAUCUUUGGCAAGAAAGGCUACGGAAAAAUCCAGUCGGCAUGUUGGAAGGCGAGGCAGAAGGGUCUCUUAUAUCUCUGGGUCGACACAUGUUGCAUUGACAAGACGAGCUCGUCUGAACUGACAGAAGCCAUCAAUUCCAUGUACCGGUGGUACAAGGAAGCCGAAGUGUGCUUCGCGUUCUUGGCCGACAUCGAAGUGCACAUGCAAGAGAUCUCGACCAGCGUCUGGUUCACCAGAGGUUGGACGUUACAGGAGCUCAUCGCCCCCAAGCAUGUCAGUUUUCACGAUCGAAAUUGGGUGUUUCUCGGCACCAAGGACAAGCUGGCAGGCUACCUCUCCAAGGUCACAGGCAUUGACAUGGACGUUCUGAUCGGACGCCGAGGUCCGGCUACCUGUUCGGUCGCGCAGCGCAUGUCGUGGGCUGCGAAACGAGAGACGAAGCGAAUCGAAGACCGGGCUUACAGUCUUCUAGGGCUUUUUGACGUCAGCAUGCCAAUGUUGUAUGGAGAAGGGGAGAAGUCCUUCAUCCGUCUGCAAGAAGAAAUCAUCAAGCACUCGGAUGACCAUUCUAUCUUUGCCUGGGACCGGGGCCACAAGGGUUACUUUGGCGGACACAGCGGUCUUCUCGCCACGUCGCCAUCCCAGUUCGUCAUGUGCCAAAACGUGGUCCCUUCAACCAGGACGUUACUCAGCACCGGCGGCUUCUCCAUCACCAAUGUCGGCCUGUCGAUCCAACUGACCACCAUCCCAUGGGCCAUGGAGACCUAUCUUGCCAUUUUGAACUGCACCCUGAGAGACCGUCCGGAAAGCAGACUCGGUAUUUUCCUCGAGCGGCUCACUUCUUCUCGAGUCCAGGAACAAUUUGCUCGCGUGCAGUAUGCCGGAGCCACAGUGUGGCCACUCGAACUGACACAUAUCCUGAGAGAUUCCAUGCGUCAGGCUCGACCUAUCCACGUUCGACAGACCAUAAUUGACGCUCCCCUGCAUCGGUGGCCGGGUUUCCGUCUUCACGACCUGUACUUGCCGGAUUAUAGUGACGAGGAGCUUGUGGACGCCAAAUUCCAUUUCCGCGAUAGCUUGCGCGCUGGAACCCGUUACAAUGCAGAAGAAGUUGAAUUCGCCACCCAUUACUGUCUCAACGGCGUGUCGGACCUACCUCGCAAGCCCAUCUUCUUUGGCAUACCGGAUGGACGGGGGACAGUGGCGGUGAUUCACAUCCCCGCGCAGAAACGAGAUAAGAACGGGGACCGGAUUUGCUGGAUGAAAUUCGGAUUCGACGAGGAGUUCGCUCCCAUGUGCAUUUUCGGGAGGCGGCGGUCGCUGUGGGGCGGCACUUCGGCGCACCUUGCUGUCAAUGCCGAAUCGUACGCGGACGCAGAACACUAUUACGGAGAGCAUGCACUGCUGUUUCGCAAUGACUGGAUAGUCCAGAAUGACGGUUGCCUCGACGUACCCCGGCCCACUCUUUGGCGACAACGUGAUUUUUGCAUCCUUCGUGGCCACCGGGAGCAAGGGCUGGACGCUCGAAUAUCAUUCUUGAGACUUCACAUCUCGAUGCGGCUGUACCCGGUUCCGGAAGGGUAUGCGCCAUCGGGACGGCCCGCAACUUUGUUGCCGGGAAUGAAUGUAUGGACGAUUAAUAUUAAUUCCUGGGACGAUCCCAGGCAGGACGAUGCCAUGAAAUCAGCAUUUGACGGCGCGGAAAUUGUUUUGAAGAUGUUUGUUUGAAGCGAGCGUUGGUGCAGGCGAAUCUAAUUAUUAUACAAGUUCAAACAUAAUUGAGCGUUAUUUUGUCGAGUCAUCCUCGUUUCAAUCGAGUCAAAUAGUGCGGCGUUAUACUCGCCCAACCACUAUGGUCUGGGCGCCUCCUACCAGCCUUGCCGCGUCUCGAGGAGGCAUGUCUGCCAGCAUCAAGAUCCUUAGGAUGGAAGGGGUCUGCUCUUAAACACAUAUCCGGACCAUGACGUAGACAAGGCAGGCAGGCAGUCUGUGCCAAUCCAUGUUCAACAGAUACUAGUACGCAGAAAAAGCAUGGACAAGGUAAAGGUACAAAGUACUCACCAUACCGAGCAGAGACAGAGACAGCAAAAUCGGGCCACGCAACAGAAAUUUUAUACAUGCAUAAGGUACCCAGAUAUUGCAUUGGCCAAUUCAAUGUAAUUGUAGGUCCUCUG